AUGAACGACGACGACGAUUCGGCGUCGGUGGCCUCGUCCACGACGUCGUCGAAUUCUCCUUUAUUAAACGCGGAACAAGAAAUCUCUCGAAUCUUGGCCAACCGACGAAACUAUUACGGAGUGUUAAAUCUCACGCCGCAGACGACUUCAAACGCGAGCGUGAAGAAAUCGUACCAUAAGAUUGCACGAGUCAUACACCCGGAUAAGUGCAAGCACCCAGACGCGUCGGCGGCGAUGAGCGUGGUGACGGCGGCGAAUUCCACGUUGACUACGCCAAAGUUGAAACAGAGUUACGACUUGUAUUACAACACGCAAGACGUUUCGGAAAACGCGAAAUCGGGAUCAAACUUUGACGAGUGGCACUCGAAAUCUGGAGCAGCAGUUGCUGGGUUACCUCCGUGGUUAGUCAAAGCGUUAUCGACGCCAGUUUUAGGCGCGUUCGUGAUGCUUCUCAUGAUCUUAUUUGGCUUAAUCUUUGGCGCGGUGUUAAUCGUCCUCUUCCUGGCGUACAUGUGCGUCCACAUGGUCUUCUGGGUCCUCUGUUGCUGCGGCUGCGGCGGCCACUGCUGGCCGCGAUACGGCGAAGGCGCUCGCAUACAUGAAAUUCGCCAGCGCAGAUUCUUCGCCAUGCUUCGCGAUUACGAACAAGCGCAAAUGUUCGCCGCGCAAAGAGGCGAAACGGACCCGGACCCUUCGGCGUUUUUCCAGCGGUGGAACGCGUUGCACCCGGAAGACUUGUCUUUUCCAGACGGGUACGAUCGAGAGUUUAGCGGCAAAGGUAGUAGUAAAGGUGGAUACGGAGCCACGGACGAUUACGGCUCGUACGUUUAA